AUUUUAUUUCCUGUGACAUGCUUAUUUUCAUAAGCUGCGAGCGCAGAAUACCUACGUGGGAUGCGGCCCUUGUCCGUCAGGGGUAGUUACUACAUCCGGGGUAUGCGGAGAACUGUGGAUUUAACGGAAUGCCGAGGCAAUUCCCCACAACCAACCCCAAAUGUAAUCAUUAAUUACAAACUUCAAAGGUACAUCAGUAAUACUUGAAUCUCACCGCGCCAUUAUCUCACUCGCUUCUUAUAUACCAUAUCCUUUGUCUAUCUCAUUGCAAAUCCGAGAAGCGUCUCUUUCUUCGGUGCUUAGGUGCCAUUCUCGAAGAAAUUCACCUAAACACUACCGUAUUCCAGCCCCGCGUCCCUGAAUGUCCUAGUCAACAAGCGCCCCCUUUUCAUCAUACCAUCCACUCACCAUGUCCCCCAACACCCAACUCCCUCCCUCCCUUACCAAACCACCCCCUCCCGUCCCAAACACCAUAGUCUCGUUCCCUAAACCGCACGUGCUCCUCGUCACCCUCAACAGGCCAAAACAGCUCAACGCCAUCCCGCGUCCACAGCACUUCGCCCUAGAGCGGCUGUGGGACUGGUUCGACACGCAGACCGCGCUCCGCGUCGCCGUGAUCACGGGCGUCGGCCGCGCCUUCUGCGCCGGCGCCGACCUCAAGGAGUGGGACGGCCUCAACUCCAACUCCAACUCCAAGUCAAACUCAGACUGGAACUCAGAGCCUUCGGAAGCGUCGGUGUCCCAAGGCACAAACGCACGCUUCCCGCCCGGCGGCUUCGGCGGCAUGAGCAACCGCGGGGGCCUAAAGCCGAUCGUCGCCGCCGUGAACGGGAUCUGCUUCGGCGGCGCGAUGGAGAUGGCUAUCAACUGCGACAUGGUGGUGGCGGCGCCGUCGGCGCAGUUCGCGCUGCCCGAGGUCACGAUCGGCGUCAUCGCGCUCGCGGGCGCGCUGCCGCGGCUCGUGAGGUGCGUGGGCCGCCAGCGGGCGGCGGAGAUGGCGCUUACGGGGAAGAAGUACGGUGCUAGGGAGAUGCUGGCUUGGGGUUUGGUUAACGAGGUUGUGGAGCAUGAUGCGGAGGUAUUGGGGAGGGCGCUGGAGUGGGCGAAGAGAAUUGCGGGGAAUAGUCCUGAUGCGGUUAUUGUGACGAGGGAGGGGUUGAAGCUCGGGUGGGAGGGCGUCGGGCCGGAAGUGGGCACGGAUGUUUUGCUUAAGGGCUGGUAUGGGAGGAUUGAUAAGGGUGAGAAUAUGGUGGAGGGUGUGAAGAGCUUUGUUGAGAGGAGGAAGCCGGUUUGGAAGGAUAGUAAGUUGUAGUUCGGACGGUGGGGUUGAGCUGUAUAUUAGGUGCAUAUGAUAGCAUUUGCGGCAAAUAGGGGGGGAGUAUUGUCAUACUCCCAUUAUUCAGAUUUCUUUCUAGGUCUACCCACUACCUACGCAGUUAUAAAUGAACUCAUGAGCUAGCCGCCUCCCUACCUAGAUAUACAGGUAUAUUCCAAUGAAACCAUGCCGCCUCCUAUAAAUGUGUGUCGUAUCUCCCAAUCAUAUAAGAUGCCUUUUGCCAUACCGAUCCCUAGGUAUAUAAGCCUUCUCUAUGCCCGCCUGUUCAUGAAGUCCGUUCAAGAAUUCCUAACCCAGAUACUAAGAAAUAUUUGAUACCCUAUCGUCCCAGAUACAUAUGAAAUCAAUUACACUAGUUGAACAUGUUCUUUAUGGUUGACAAUGUUCUCGUUGCGCGAAACGAGUUCGGUCUAGUCCUGGGGCUUGGCGUCGAGGGCGAUGCCGCAUGUGUAGAGGCCAAGCCUGGAGGCGAUGCAUUCGUUGAAGGUGUUGGUGGCGCCUGGGAUGACGCCACUACAUCAUACUCGUCGACGAAGCUUCCCAGUAUCAUCUUGUACACAUUUCCUGAUAUAUGUUCCGUGUCGAUGACGUCC